AUCAUUUGUCAAAAAUCAAAAUAAAUUUUAAGGUUGUGAUUUUGAAAAGUCGUAAAUAGGAGGAAUUGUAAUAAUACAGCAUUAAGUUUUAAAUUUUAAUAUAUUUUCGCAACCAUGGCCAACACAGGAGUGUUACCUUUCGUCCGAGGAAUUGAUUUCACAAGAAAUGAUUUUAGUGAAGAAAAAUUUCCCGAGGCUGUGAGCCAUAUGACUGGAGUACAAUGGCUAAAGUUGGAUCGUACAAACUUGACCGAAAUACCGAGAGAAAUGGGCAACCUUCUAAAACUAGAACACUUGUCGAUGACUAGAAAUAAUUUAGAGAAGUUAUAUGGGGAGCUUACUGAAUUGAACUGUUUGAGAACGCUCAAUUUACGUUACAAUAAAGUCAAGGCAUCAGGUAUUCCAGCACAAUUAUUUCAUUUAGAAGAACUCAACACACUUGAUUUGAGUCAUAAUAACUUGAAAGAAGUUCCAGAAGGGCUUGAUAAAGCCAAGUCUCUCUUAGUUUUGAAUUUGAGUUAUAACAGCAUCGACAGCAUACCAAAUUCUUUAUUCAUCAACUUAACAGACUUAUUAUUUUUGGAUCUUAGUCACAACAACUUAGAGACAUUGCCACCACAAACGAGAAGGCUGGCCAAUUUACAAACUCUCAUUCUGAAUAAUAACCCCCUAGGUCAUUUCCAAUUGAGACAACUUCCAUCGCUGCUAAAUAUUCAAACGUUGCAGAUGAGGAAUACCCAGAGAAAUCUGAAUAAUUUUCCAGCAAAUUUAGAAAAUUUAAUAAAUCUGACUGAUGUCGAUUUAUCCCAGAAUGCCUUGCCAAAAGUGCCUGAAUCCCUUUAUUCCUUACCUAACCUCAAAAGAUUGAAUUUGAGCGAAAAUGAAAUAACCGAAGUGUCAACAGCUAUUGAAAUGUGGCAGAAGUUGGAAGUAUUGAAUUUGUCUCAAAAUAAAUUGACCAGUUUACCUUCUUCAUUGUGCAAAAUCUACACAUUGAGGAGACUUUACGUGAAUGAUAACAAGUUAGAUUUUGAAGGAAUCCCAUCUGGUAUCGGCAAAUUGGGAGCUCUAGAAGUUUUUUCCGCUGCGAAUAACGAACUCGAAAUGAUUCCUGAAGGGUUAUGCCGAUGUGGUUCUCUGAAAAAGCUCAAUUUGAGUUCGAAUCGUCUCAUAACUUUACCAGAUGCUAUACAUCUUAUUGGUGAUAUGGAAUCUUUGGAUUUGAGAAAUAAUCCCGACUUGAUUAUGCCCCCAAAGCCCACAGAAAUGUCCCAGGGGGCUGGCGUGGAGUUCUAUAAUAUAGAUUUUUCCCUGCAGAACCAGUUGAGAUUAGCAGGGGCCAACGUACCGGCACCUACACCAGCGCAAAAUCCUAGUAAAGAUCCAAUAGCAAGAAAAAUGAGGCUGAGAAGAGGCAGAAGAGAUCAGGAAGAAGCUGACCAAGAUCAGGCCAAAAUAUUGAAGGGAAUGAAAGACAUAGCCAAAGAUAAAAACAUGAAUAUGCAAGAUGAAGAUGCCAGAGCUGAAUCACUAAAGCCCAAACGAUGGGACGAAUCCCUGGAGAAACCGCCUCUAGAUUACUCCGAAUUUUUCGACGAAGAUGCCGGUCAGUAUCCCGGAAUCACGAUCUGGGAGAUCGAAAAUUUUCUGCCGAAUAGAAUCGACGAAGUCGCCCAUGGAAAAUUUUACGAGGCCGAUUGUUACAUCAUCCUGAAGACCACCCUGGAUGAGAACGAAUCGUUGUCUUGGGAGAUUUAUUUUUGGAUCGGGGAGAGAGCGCCCUUGGACAAACGCGCUUGCGCAGCAAUUCACGCAGUUAACCUGAGGAACUAUCUUGGUGCUCAGUGUCGUACAAUUAGGGAAGAGCAAAGGGAUGAGUCUGAAGAAUUCCUCAACUUGUUUGAUGCCCAGAUUACGUAUAUAGAAGGUGGCAGAACUUGCAGCGGCUUUUUCACCGUUGAAGAUAUGACCUUCGAGACCCAUAUGUACAGGGUUCAUGCAUCUGGGCCUUCUAUACAUCUGGAACCGGUGGCUAUAUCGUCUGAAUCGCUCGAUCCACGCUACGUGUUCGUCCUGGACACCGGUUUGAAGAUGUUCAUUUGGCACGGGAAAAAAUCCAAGAACACCCUCAAGUCGAAAGCCAGACUGAUGGCGGAAAAGAUCAACAAGAACGAGAGGAAGAACAAGGCCGAAAUAUUCUCGCUAAACAUGGGCUCCGAGGAGAAGCAAUUCUGGGUCGAACUGGGCUGCCCCGACGGUCUUCAACCGGAUGAAAUCCAGGAACACGUCGAUCCGGACUUUGUACCUUUUGCGCCGAGGCUUUAUCAAGUGCAACUAGGCAUGGGAUAUCUGGAGUUACCACAAGUCGAGGUACCCUACGGAAAACUCGUUCACACUCUACUGAAGAGUAAGAACGUAUACAUUUUAGAUUGCUACUUGGAGGUCUUUGUGUGGAUCGGAAAAAAGUCCACCAGGUUAGUCAACGCCGCUGCUGUCAAGUUGUCAGAAGAACUGUUCAACAUGAUCGACAGACCUGAAUACGCCAUCAUUUCUAGGGUUAGGGAAGGGACGGAAAGUCAGAUAUUCAAAUCGAAAUUCGUCGGUUGGGAUGAGGUUAUAGCCGUGGAUUUCACCAGAACGGCGGAGUCUGUGCAGAAGACGGGAGCCGACCUGACCAAGUGGGCCAAGCAGCAGGAAACGAAAGCCGAUCUGACGGCCUUGUUCACUCCGCGUCAGCCGUCUAUGUCGCUAAGCGAAGCUCAACAGUUGAUGGAGGAAUGGAACGACGACUUGGAAGCUAUGGAAGCUUUCGUUUUGGAGGGGAAGAAGUUCGUUCGAUUACCGGAGGAAGAAUUGGGGCACUUCUACUCCAAGGAUUGCUACGUAUUUCUGUGUCGAUACUGGAUGCCCAUAGAGGAUGAAGAGCAGCCGGAGCCCACCAACGAAAUGGACGAGUUUCAGUGGAUCGUUUAUUUCUGGCAAGGAAGGGAAGCCUCGAAUAUGGGUUGGUUGACGUUCACCUUCACGCUGCAGAAAAAAUUCAAAGCUUUAUUCGGUGAUAAGUUAGAGGUGGUGAGAGCUCAUCAGCAGCAGGAAAACAUGAAGUUCAUGGCCCACUUCAAAAGGAAAUUCAUCAUCCAUCAAGGGAAGAGAAAGCAGAAGCCGAAGAAUCAGGUUGAAUUGUACCAUCUGAGAUCGAACGGAAGCGCCCUCUACACCAGACUCGUACAAAUCAAACCUGACGCCACUUCCCUCAACUCUGCUUUCUGUUACAUCUUGAAUAUACCUCUGGAGCAGGAGGAUUCUGGAAUCGUUUACGUCUGGUUAGGGUCCAAAUCGGACCCUGACGAAGCUAGACUCGUGCAAGAAAUCGCCGAGGAAAUGUUCAACAGCCCUUGGGUCAGUUUUCAGGUAUUGGCGGAGGGCGAAGAGCCGGACAAUUUCUUCUGGGUGGGUUUGGGAGGCAGGAAACCUUACGAUACGGACGCUGAUUUCAUGAAUUACACUAGACUCUUUCGUUGCUCGAACGAGAAGGGAUACUUCAUCGUGUCGGAGAAAUGUUCUGAUUUCUGUCAAGAUGAUUUGGCUGAUGAUGACAUCAUGAUUCUGGAUAACGGGGAACAGGUAUUCUUAUGGCUAGGUGCUAAAUGCAGCGAGGUGGAAAUUAAGCUCGCUUACAAAUCGGCACAGGUUUACAUUCAACAUAUGAGAGUAAAACAGCCGGAUAAGCCAAGGAAACUGUUUUUGACGUUGAAGAAUAAGGAGUCAAAAAGGUUCACCAAGUGCUUCCAUGGUUGGGGUGCUCAUAAGGCACCGCCAGAAUAGACUUGAUCUAGUUCUGGUCUGCUCAAAACAACGUAGUCAUAAUAUGUUAAGCGUUAUUGUCCUUGAAAUUCAACUGUAUCAUAUAGUUUAGGAUGACGGAAAAAAUCAAUUCGAAAUUGUUUAUUUAUGACACAAAUUAUUUAUUGUUUAUAAUUUUUAUAGUAACAUUCAAUAAAAUAUUCAACAAAG